AUGGAGGAUUGCUUGCCGCUCAAACAACAUUUGGAGGAGCUGGUGGCGGCGGGACAUUUGGACCAGUACAUAGAUGGGGGUAUGAAAGUCGCCCCGCCGGGGCAAACCGAGCCAAACGGCCUGGCCACCCUAGAGGUAGCGCCCCAAGGCGUAAUCAAUGUCAUCCAUAGCAUCAUUGAACCGGCAAGGGUCUGCGAGCUAAGAGGGAUGAUUAAGAAAGCCGAGCAUAUGAGGGAAACGCUUUUCGUUCAGCCCGCUGUGAAGAAAGGAAAGUCCGAAGAGAAAGAUAUCCUCACAUUUUCCAGUAAAGACUUGGAGAGAAUUCAGAUGCCCCACAAUGACGCCCUAGUAGUGACUUUUCGCGUCAAGGACUUUGACAUCAAAAGGAUCUUGAUUGACCAGGGGAGUUCAGUCAAAAUCAUGUAUUACGAUGCGUUCAAGCAAAUGAAGUUGGACGACAAGGACUUGGCCCUUGCGAUGUCUCCUUUCGUUGGCUUUAACUCUCAGCCAGAGUGGCCGGUGGGAAAGAUCAUUUUGCCAGUCAAGGCGGGUUCGGUCAUAAAGCAAGUAGAAUUCUGGGUGCUCAAGGUCCCAUCCACCUACAACUUAAUCUUGGACAGGGGCUGGUUGCACGCCAUGCAAGCCGUAGCAUCAACCUACCAUCAGGUUCUGCGCUUCCCGGCGCCAACCGGGUAA